GUCAUAACGCUGCUCCUCCCAGGCCAGACGGCUUCCGUGCAGCUCUGCUUUCACUUUACUGCCUGAGACCAUGGGCGCUCUCCUGAGUGGUGGCCAGGAUGGCCCGGAGCCCGCGCAGCCCCAGCCUCCAGCGCCGCAGGGUCCGCAGCAGCCUCAGCCGGAACCUGGCCCGUGGGGGCCACUGGACGACGUGCGCUUUCUAAUCGCCUGCACGUCCUGGUACUGACCCGGCCACCCCUGGCCUUCAUGCCCUCCUGGGCCUGGCCUGGCUUUUAUCUCCUCACCCUGUGAUUUCCUGUCUUACUCCCUCUGGGCAGAGAUUCAAGAAAGAUCGCGGAGACUGAAAGUCCCUCAGGGCCACCUCAGAGAAUUGCACCUCAGCUUCAGACUUGACAGACCCCCGAACCAGCUCAUUCCCACGCCCCCUUUCAGCUCUGUCCUUGGGCUGAUUUCCUUAAGAGGAAGAGCCAGGAUCAGAUGAGGCGUCCUGGCAGGCUCUUGAUGCUGUUGAAUCCUGGUUUCCCCCUCGCUAGAACUGAGCUGCUGCCUGGCCAUAGCCCCAUGUGCCCUGUCUCCAGAGAAGUCUUGCCACAAUGACCCUCCCGUACUCCUGAGGUUCCUGGGUGACGGGUUGGGGUGGGGUGGGGAGGACAGGACAUUGAUUGCUGGUUAGAAGAUGCACGAGGCAACUGCAGAAGUACACUCCCAGGGUACCCUUUUCUCCCUGAAACUUCUUACGGGCACACAUAUGCCCUGGUCUUUGUUCCCAUACCCCAGGGGAAAAAACACUGUAUUUCUGUUUUAUUUAGAAAUGAUUUAAAAAACAUUGUACAAAGGCUGAUCAGUUUAAAAUGUGACCGACACUGAGAUGCUGUGAUGUCACCCAGGCCGAGGGGAAGCUGAGCUCUGGGGGCUCUAGUACUUUGCCCCUCUGACUGCUCUGACCUGGGCUGAUGGACAAACAGAUGACCGCAGGCAGAAGAAUCCAAGAUUGGAAGCCUCUAGGCUGAGCCCUCUCUGGGCCCGGCCCUGUGUCCCUCACAUCUGCAGCCUGGGCUGCCUGCCUCCAUCCCCUGCUCUUUCGCAACUGGCCUUGGAAUGCCAGGAGCCAACAGGGAGCCUGCGGGGCCUAGAGCUUUCAAGAAGUGAGCACCAACCUGAGGAGAGGGACCAGGGGACUGGGGGAGGGAGGCCCAGAGGAGAGGACUAGAAGAGACAGUUUUCUCGGACCCUGGAAGGGCCCACUGAUGGGGACACAAGACCCAGCCAGGGCCACCUGGAUGGCAGGGGCAGAUAAUAAGACCUCCUUGUGCUUCAUCUGAGGGUAAGAUGAGUGCUACCCUCAGCCUCUCUCAGAGCCUACAGGAGUUUCAUGUGAGUGGACAGCUGUGAGCUAAUAAAGUGCUUUGCAAAGUAUAAAA